UCUGCGCCCCCCCUCCAGCCCCACCAUAUAUAGCCUUCGCGCAUCGCGUCGUCAGAGGCACCGGAGGAAAGUCGUGCCCUUCCUCUCCGAGAGAAUGUGCCAGCGGGGUGUCAGCAGUGCUGGGGACAAGUUCAGGUAACGCACAGCGGCAUUGAUGAGUAGAUCCUUGGAUUCAGAGGUUGGCUGAAGCGCAUCAUGCCUGCUUCCAUCUUGGGCUCCGGAACAUUGUGAAUUGCUCAUGCGUAUAGGGAGGAAGGAUGGCACAUGGGAUUCCUUCUCAAGGCAAAGUUACUAUAACUGUGGAUGAGUAUAGCUCAAACCCCACGCAGGCCUUCACACACUACAACAUCAACCAGAGCAGGUUCCAGCCGCCACAUGUACACAUGGUCGACCCCAUCCCAUAUGACACUCCAAAACCAGCGGGCCACACGCGAUUUGUCUGCAUCUCAGACACACACUCCAGAACAGAUGGUAUCCAGAUGCCUUAUGGGGACAUCCUUCUCCACACAGGCGAUUUCACCGAGCUGGGACUGCCCUCUGAGGUCAAGAAGUUUAAUGACUGGUUAGGAAACCUGCCAUAUGAAUAUAAAAUAGUAAUUGCUGGGAAUCAUGAACUGACAUUUGAUAAGGAAUUCAUGGCAGACCUUGUUAAACAGGACUACUACCGUUUCCCCUCUGUGUCCAAAUUGAAACCAGAGGACUUUGACAAUGUUCAGUCCCUCCUGACAAAUAGCAUUUACUUGCAAGAUUCGGAGGUAACAGUGAAGGGAUUCAGGAUAUACGGUGCACCUUGGACCCCGUGGUUUAAUGGAUGGGGCUUUAACCUACCCAGAGGCCAGUCUCUGCUGGACAAGUGGAACCUCAUCCCUGAAGGCAUUGACAUCCUCAUGACACAUGGACCUCCUCUAGGUUUUCGAGACUGGGUCCCAAAGGAGCUUCAAAGGGUGGGCUGCGUGGAGCUGUUAAACACUGUCCAGAGGCGAGUUCGGCCCAAGCUCCAUGUGUUUGGUGGGAUUCAUGAAGGUUAUGGCAUCAUGACCGACGGUUACACAACAUACAUCAAUGCCUCAACGUGUACAGUCAGCUUUCAACCAACCAACCCUCCAAUUAUAUUUGACCUUCCAAACCCACAGGGCUCCUGAAGCCCUGAGUGUCCUGUUGGAAUGUGAGGGAAAAUCCACAAACUGCCAUUUUUCUAAUUGCAAACUUACAUUCUCUUACUUGUUUAUUUCCAAAUCCUGUGAGUUCUUUUUGUAAAUUGUCGGGACAGAAAAAUGAUGCUAGAGGUGUGCUUCUUUAUUUUUUUUAAAUGGGGUAUCCAUUUGAAAUCAAAGGAGCAUUGUGAAUUUGUAAAAUGAUUUCUGUUUUCUUAAAGGCCACGCCAUUGUAAAUUGUUAGUGUUUGCCAAAGGACAGCCAAGCUUUCUUUUAAAAAGUGAUAAAAGUCUUAUUUGAAUAUGCUUUAAGCUGAAAGUAAAAACAAACAAAAAAAAAAAAAACCUGGUAGACAGCGUUUUUAAAA